AUGCCACCACCUACCAAGCCACCUGUUCUGUCACCUCCAAGGCCUUCAACAUCACCACCUGCCAAGUCAUCUGUCCCAUCACCUCACAAGCCUCCAACUUUACCACCCACCAAGCCACCUGUCCGGCCAUCUCCCAGGCCUCUAACACUACCACCCACAAAGGCACCUGUCCCACCACCUCGUGGUUCUCCAAUGCCACCACCUACCAAGCCACCUGUCCCACCACCUCACAGGCCUUCAACACCACCAUCUGCCAAGUCACCUGUCCCAUCACCUCACAAGCCUCCAACUUUACCACCCACCAAGCCACCUGUCCGGCCAUCUCCCAGGCCUCUAACACUACCACCCACAAAGGCACCUGUCCCACCACCUCGUGGUUCUCCAAUGCCACCACCUACCAAGCCACCUGUCCCACCACCUCACAGGCCUUCAACAUCACCACCUGCUAAGUCACCUGUCCCAUCACCUCACAAGCCUCCAACUUUACCACCUACCAAGCCACUUGUCCUGCCAUCUCCCAGGCCUUUAACACUACCACCCACAAAGGCACCUGUCCCACCAUCUCGUGGUUCUCCAAUGCCACCACCUACCAAGCCACCUGUCCCACCACCUCACAGGCCUUCAACACCACCACCUGCUAAAUCACCUGUCCCGUCACCUCACAAGCCUCCAACUUCACCACCCACCAAGCCACCUGUCUGGCCAUUUUCCAGGCCUUUAACACUACCACCCACAAAGGCACCUGUCCCACCACCUCUUACUCCUCCAAUGCCACCGCCUAGCAAGCCACCAGUCCCGCCACCUCGUAGGCCUUCAACUUCACAACCCACCAAGCCACCUGUCCAGCCAUCUCCCAGGCCUUUAACACUACCAACCACAAAGGCACCUGCCCCACCACCUCUUAGUCCUCCAAUGCCACCGCCUAGCAAGCCACCUGUCCCGCCACCUCACAGGCCUUCAACACCACCACCUACCAAAUCACCUGUCCCAUCACCUCACAAGCCUCCAACUUCACCACCCACCAAGCCACUUGUCCCACCACCUCACAGGCCUUCAACACCACCACCUGCUAAAUCACCUGUCCCAUCACCUCACAAGCCUCCAACUUUACCACCUACCAAGCCACCUGUCCUGCCAUCUCCCAGGCCUCUAACACUACCACCCACAAAGGCACCUGUCCCACCACCUCGUGGUUCUCCAAUGCCACCACCUACCAAGCCACCUGUCCCACCACCUCACAGGCCUUCAACACCACCACCUGCUAAAUCACCUGUCCCAUCACCUCACAAGCCUCCAACUUCACCACCCACCAAGCCACCUGUCUGGCCAUUUUCCAGGCCUUUAACACUACCACCCACAAAGGCACCUGUCCCACCACCUCGUACUCCUCCAAUGCCACCGCCUACCAAGCCACCUGUACUGUCACCUCACAGGCCUUCAACAUCACCACCAGUCAAGCCACCUACCCCAUCACCUCCCAGGCCUCCAAUGCCACCACCUACAAAGCCACCUGUCCCACCACUUCACAGGCCUCCAACCUCUCCAUCUACCAAGACAUCUGUCCUGCCACUUCAUAGUCCUCUAGUGUCACCUUCUUCCAAGCUACCUGCCCCACCUCUUCAUAGUCCUCAUAUGACACAACCUACCAAGCCACCUAUCCCACCACCUCAUAGACCUUCAAUACAACCAACUGUCAUUCAAUCUGCUCUAUCACCUCACAGGCUACCAACUACACUACCUGCCAAACCACUUGUCCCACCACCUGACAGUCUAUCCAUGCCACCACCAACCAAGCCGCCUGCCCCACCAACUCACAGACCUCCAACUUUAUCACCUGCCAAGCCACCUUUCCAGCCACCUCACAGGCCUCCAAAGCCAAACCUUGAAAAACCACAUGUCCCACCACACUUCAGUCCUCCAACACCACCACUUACCAAGCCAUCUGUGCCACCACCACACAAGCCUUCAACACUACCACCCAUCAGGCCACCUGUCCCUUCACCCCACAGUCCUCCAAUGCUAUUACCCACCAAGCCACCCAUUCCAUCACCUCGCAGUCCUCAAAUAUCACCACCCACCAAACCACAAGUGCCGCCAACUCCCAGGCCUUCAACACCACCACCUGCCCAGCCACCUGUCUUGCCACCCCACAGUCUUUCAACACCACCAUCCACCAUGCCACCUGUCCCACCACCUCACAGUCCUCCAACAUUACCACCUGCCAAGCCACCUGUCCAUCCAACUAGCAGCACUCCAGUGCCACCACCUAUCCCACCACCUCACAAGCCACCAACUUCACCACCUGCCCAACCACCUGCCCUGCCAUCUCCCCCACUGCCUUCCCCACAGUUCACACUCAUUGUCAGCCAUCUGUACUUCAUUGUGCUCAUCCUGGCCCUGCUCAUGUUCCCGUUAUUGAUCUGGUGCAUCUGGUGCUGCAAGAAGACUAUCAAGAAGUCACCACCAGUGCAAGAUCAAGAAAAGAUUGAUCAAAGGGAUGCAAAGCAAGAUGCUUUAUAUACAUGCGACGUUGCAAAGGGGAGAGUGCAGGUCGCACAGCACUCCGAGGGCAUGGGCUGGAAGCUGGACACCUGUGAUUAUUGCAGUCCAAAGUGA